UAUCACAAUCAGUAUUCAGCAAACAGGGAAAUCAUCAACCUCAGAGCUUCAGCCACCCUCUUGCUUAUUAGAUGAGGAUGCUGUGUUUGGGAGCCGCUCGCUCAUUCGUUUCUUCCUCACGUUCCCUCACAUUCUUAUUACCCAAACGCCACCUCAAGCUUUCCUCCUCCUACUUCAAGCCUUACUCUCACUCCUCGCCUCCCAAAUCUCCAAUCCAGAUGUCUACAACAACAAUCGAACACAUCGUCCUCUUCAAAGUCAAAGACGACACCGACCACGGCAAAGUCAACACCAUGCUCAGCUCCCUCAACAGCCUUGUCUCUCUUGACCCCGUGCUCCACCUCGCCGCCGGUCCACUCUACGGCACCAAAUCCUCUCCCAUUCCCUUCACUCACAUGCUUCACAGCCGCUAUUCCUCAAAAGAUAACCUUAACGCCUACUCUGCUCACCCUAGCCACGUCACCGCCGUUAAAGAGUCUGUUCUCCCCAUCUGUGAUGACGUGAUGGCCGUCGAUUGGGUUGCCGAUGAUCUCCAGGGGCCAGUAGUUCCAGCUCCGGGUUCUGCGAUAAGAGUGACCUUUCUGAAAUUGAAGGAAAAUUUGGGCGAGGAUGUGAAAAAUGAGAUUUUGGCCGUUAUUAAAGGGAUUAAGGGAAGUUUUGGAGAGAUCAAUCAGAUCACUUGUGGAGAGAAUUUCUCUCCAGCGAGAGCCAAAGGUUAUUCAAUCGCGUCGCUUGCUGUUUUUCCUGCUGUGAGUGAAAUGGAAGCGGUGGAUUCGAAGGAAGAGCUGGUGAAUUUGCAGAAAGAGAAGGCUUUGAGGACUAUGGAAAGAUUUUUCCCAUGGUGAUUUGAAGGUGAAAUGAAAAUUAGAUAUUCAAUCCUAAUGAAAGUAAAGAACUGAGAAUACUGCUAAAUGGAUAAUUGAAACUUUUGUGCUGGGCUGGCAGUAUUUUCAUGGUUCUUGAGACUAGGUAAUGUUUAUAAUGAUUGCGUUGCUGUGAAGACUCCAAUGUAGUUGAAUAGCGACCGCUUACUGGAAUGAUUGUGAGCGCAUAUAGUUAUAUCUGUUAUCUUAGGACUGAUGCUGUUAUCAAUUCUUGGGGCAGCGACGAGAGAGGGGAGGUAAUGGCGAUGACUACCAUGUUAGAAAAUAGACAUUAAGCAAAGAUGCCUACUCAGAUACUGACAUGGGGAGAAUUCUGCUAAGCAUGAGAUUAUAGUUGCUUUCCACUUGAAAAUUCAUGUAUGUAAUGCCCUGCCAUAAGUGCAGCACUAUGAUAUUUAGAGUUUCAGUAGCACAUGAAAGCUUUUCGGUCAAUUAGAGUUUAUGCAUUUGCUUGUUGAUAAUGAAUAUGUCUGUGAACUUUUGAAAGUUCCUGAAGAUAGUAUUAUUUCUUACGUUUUUUGCAUCAGAUACUCUGAUGUUUUAUCCUUGAUGUUGAGAUUGUGAGAAAAGAAAAAGGACUCAUGCAGCCCUUCAAUAUAGGCCAAAUGCUUUGCUGAGUUGAGUAAAAAAUUACAAUUUU